AUGUCGGGGAUGCUUGGUAGCAUCGAUUGUACACAUGUCGAGUGGUUAAAAUGUCCAAGACACUUGAAAGGACAAUAUACGAGAGGCGACCAUGUCGUUCCCACUAUUAUGCUUGAGAUAACCGCUUCUCAAAACUUGUGGAUUUGGCAUGCUUAUUUUGGUGCUCCUGGUUCAAACAACGACAUCAACUACAAACGCGGUUAUUAUCUAACCGACGGCAUCUACAACAAGUACUCGACGUCUGUUAAAGCAUACCCGUAUCCUACUGAGCCGAAGGAGAAAAGAUUCAAGAAAUUACAAGAGGGGGCGAAGAAAGAUGUGGAGCGUGCUUUUGGGGUUCUAAAAGGAAAAUGGAAGAUUCUUAGACGCCCUCUCCGACCACUGAUCAAAGAUAAGAUUGGUCAUUAUGUUUAUGCGGCGUGUAUUUUGCAUAACAUGGUGAUAAAAGGUGAUGGUCGAGCUAUCUCGCCGGUUCACAUCAUGGACCAACCGGUCCAACCGGUGUGGGACGAUACCUUUUACGCGGAGUUGUUAAACGAAGACAUCCAUCAUCGUCUUCGUUAUGACCUCACUGAACACGUGUGGCCUCAAGACUUGGAACAUCUCGACGACUAA